GGCAGUGUGCCGCUGGACCGCGUGGUGGGCGCCGCUCGCGCGUUGCGUGGACGUUGAGAGCGCGUGACGCGAAGUUCGGUUUGUGUUACGGACUGAUCGAAGUUGCGAUUUGCGACUGUUCCUGAACUGAGCAGAGGAAGCCGAUUGUAGGCUUGGAUCACUCGCAGAGAAAUGGUGACAGUCUGUUAGUGUCGCCCCUGCUCUGCGAGACUCUGCGCCACCCUCACCAUGAAGACGACGGCCGUGCUGGUGACGCUGCUGACGACGACCCUGGCCUGGCAGGACGACCUGGUGCCCCUGCGGACGCUGCCCCUCGAUGACGAGGACGUGCUCCGGUUCAGAGGCAACACGUCCCACAGCGACCACUUCAAACUGCUGGAGAAGGACGGCAACUCGCUUCUCAUCGGCGCAAGGAACAUCGUGUUCAACAUCAGCCUCACCGACUUCACCGAACACCGCGAGGAGCGGCUCGAGUGGUACUCGCCCGAACACGACGUCCGACUCUGCAUCAUGAAGGGCCUCAGCGAGGAGGCGUGUCACAACUACGUGCGUGUACUGGCCAAGAAGUCGGACGGCGAGCUGUUCGUGUGUGGCACCAACUCGUACAACCCAAAGUGUCGCAGCUACAGGAAACAGCCGGAGCUGGGCUACGUCGCAGAAGGGAACGACGUGGACGGCAAGGGAAUCUGUCCGUACGACCCGCACCAUAACAGUACCGUCACAUUUGUCGAUGACCAGCUGUAUGCGGGAACGGUGGCUGAUUUUGCCGGCUCGGACCCACUCAUCUAUAGACAUCCGCUCCGCACCGAACAGUUCGAGCUGAAACAGCUAAAUGCUCCCAGCUUUGUCGGGUCGAUCGACCACGGAGACUUUGUCUACUUUUUCUUCCGAGAGACAGCCGUCGAGUACAUCAACUGCGGAAAGCGUGUCUACUCGCGCGUGGCCCGCGUCUGUAAGAACGACAAGGGUGGCUCGUACAAGUACCGAAACAAGUGGACGUCGUUCCUGAAGUCGCGGCUCAACUGCUCCAUCCCCGGAGAGUACCCGUUCUACUUCGACGAAAUCCAGUCGAUCUCGUCAGUGCAGACGGGCGUCCACGGCGGCCAGCUCGAGGACGUGCUCUACGCCGUCUUCACCACGCCCGUCAACAGCAUCGCCGGCUCGGCCGUCUGCGCCUUCCGCCUGACCGACGUCAUGGACACGUUCGAGGGCAACUUCAAGCACCAGGACGACAUGAACUCCAACUGGCUGCCGACCACGCACUCGCAGGUUCCGGAGCCGAGGCCGGGACGGUGUGUCAACGACUCGCGCUCGCUGCCCGACGUCCACCUCAACUUCAUCCGGUCGCACCCGCUCAUGGACUCUGCGGUGCCGACGCUGCACGGUCAGCCGCUCCUGAUGAGGACCAGCCUCCACCAGCGCUUCACAAAGAUCGCCGUGGACCCGCAGGUCCGCGCCGCCGAUGGCACUCUCUACGACGUCCUAUUCAUCGCCACAGACGACGGCCGGGUGCUGAAGGCGGUGAACGUGGCGUCGGGCGCGGCGCGUCCCACCGCCGAGCCGCUGAUCGUCGAGGAGCUGGCCGUGUUCCCGACGGCGGCCACCAUCACCAACCUGCUGGUGUCGCGGCAGCCCGGCCAGCCGCCGCGGCUCAUCGUCGUCACCGACGACGAGAUCCGCGCCGUGCCGCUGUCGCGCUGCGGCGCCGGCCGCGUGGGCCACUGCUCGGCCUGUGUCCGCCUCCGGGACCCGUACUGCGCCUGGGACGAGGUGGAACGGCUGUGCCGGCCGCUGGCCGACUGGCCGGCCGGCGUGGAACCCCUGCAGAACGUCACCGGAGGAUAUCACCCGCGCUGUCCCAGAGGCGAGGACCGCGAGCCGAAAAUUCUCUUCCAAGAGGCAACGACCGCGGCCAGUCCGAGCACCACGCAGAGCGCGCCGGUAGCGUGCGACUGCGCCGGUUCCGCCGCCGACCCCAGCACCGCCCCGGCGGCCCCCGGAGGCGAGCCGUCCGAGGAUGAGGACGAUGGAAACGAACUGGACCGGGAGAAAUACGAGGCCGACGAGGGACAAAGGGUGCUGGACAUCGUCGAACGCACCAAGUCCUUCCAGGGAGCCGUGGCCAAAGAGUCGCGCUACUCGGGUCGACCAAGCGGCGUCUACACGGCCGAGACGCUGGCCAUCGCCGUCGUCAGCACGUGCCUGCUGGCCGUACUGGUCGGCUUCGGCGUCGGCUGGUGCGUCUCGAGACGGUACUGGCGCGCGCGCGGCGAGCCCUACUACGAGACGCCGCACCUGGACCGCCAGUCCAGGAUGAAGCAGCUGGAAGCGGCCGCCGCCGCCGCGCAUGUCGUCGUCAAACCAGACAACAGGUGCGAGCGCAACUUCCACACGGAGCCGGCGUUCCUUGUCAACAACGGCGGCAAGCAGAUCAACUUGGUGGUCAACCAGACCAAGAACAGCAACGGCAAGAACGCCAACUCGGCCGCAGACAGUAAACCGGUGCAAAAGGUGCGCAAAAUGUACUUGUAACUGGACGCCGCCGCCCAGGCCGUGCCGCCGCCCGUGUCGGGAGGAUUGGACUGAGUUCUCAGCGUUCCCGACGGAGCAGUGCCGGACACUGAUGGGGUCGGGGGAGUGUUACGAGGUGUAGUGUCUGUUGGGGAGGCCCACGCCGCGGGUCGGCUGUGGGCCCCAGAGUGAUAUCCGAUGCUAAACCGAGCUUCCGUGGCGCGUCGCCAGCGCGCGGCUCAGCGACCUUACUGAGAUUAUCGCGGCGGCUGGCCGGCGGUCCGACGGUCCAAUGGUCCGUGGUCCACGGUCCUGCGGUCCGCGACCCAGCCCGGCCAGCCCCGCAACCUUUUGAGCCAGCGGAAUCGCGAGUGAAUUUUGUGACUAUUUUUCUCGUCGAGCCUGUGUCCUGUAUCUUUUGUGUCCCGCCGCGGGGUUCGUUUCUUUUAUGGAAUUUAUUUUUAUAUAGCACGCGGGCAGCUGUGGGCGCCAUCCCCGUACAAAUGCGUGUGCGAUUUCUGGUGUACCUCCUGACUUGAGUGCUUGUGUGGUUGACUUUUUUCUCGGUUUGAGGCGCUGGUGGGACCCCUGGAUGUUUGAGUGUUUGUGUGCCGCCGCUGGUCGGCCGGGCGCCGUAGGUGAUGCUCCCGAGAUACACACACUCCUAAAGACGGGGCACAACGCUGCUGUUCAUAGCGCAUCUGUACAUACCCAUUAAUUAUCGCGAUGUUGUAUACAAUAGGUACUGAUGACGUGUUGCGUAUAAAUUGUGUCACCGAGUAUGGUCAGUCUCCCAGUUUUCUGAGCGCGGGUGCUUCUGUUUGUGUGUGUGUGUGUGUGCGUUAGGUCGCGGUGUCAGGUGCGGUGAGGGGUCUGUGUGAGUGCGAUCAUCCUGCAAAGUAUUCUCACCCCUCAUCCCGUGCUCGGGUCGUCCGGGGCACUAUUUAAAGGUAGUGUGCCACCUUUGAAAGAUUUCCCAUUUUAUUUUUCCUUGGAUAAGAAGCUUCUGUUUUUACCUAAUAUCGCAAAAAAAAAAUGGGCCUGGAAUAGUGCCUUUUUGGCCUAAAAGUUUUUCGGUUUUUAGAUAUGUAUAACAACUGUAGUGGGCUCACCUGCAAACAGGCGUCGGGCAACAAUCGCGAAUGCGGCGCACUUGUGACAAUAAGCAAAGGUCAUUAUAGUGUUACGACCAUACGACGUACGGGAAUGAGUUAUCAGCUGUCUAAUCGUAGACAACACAAUGUCGAGCCUUAAACUGUAAGCCCGUAUUGGUAUUGUUUCUUUUAUUUGGCUGUCGAACAUUAUUUAUGGUUUGAAAUAUGAUUUUAUGUAAAAUAAUUAAUAUGAAAAACCCGUCUUAUAAGUUAUGACCCCAUUUCACCACACGCAAGUGGCAGAAAUGACAAUGAUCAGCUGACGCAUUUUUCUUGGCCGAAGUCAGAGCGCGCGGCCCGACGCACCACGCGUAUUUGGAAAUUCCGACCUCGACGAGCAUCAGAAGCCACCUAACAGGCGUGUUCGAAACCGCAGGAGAUGAUGAUGAACGGGUUUAUCGAAACUUGAUUGGAUGAGCAUAUCGGUAAUAGCGAUUUCAGUGUGUGCAUUUAUUGUUCAUAGUGGUGUGAAAUGUGGUUGGGGUACGACCGACAACCCGUCGGGGCGAAUUUCGCACUGGGGUACUCAAAAUUUGAAGAAUUUAAGACGUUUCCAUGAGUUUUGAAGGUAUGGAUAAGUUCUAAAAAUCCGGUUCUCCUUAUCUGGGCCAUUAACUCCAUACGGUCCAAGAAAGCUGGCACACUACCUUUAAGCCGCGCUGGGUCGCUCGCGCAAGUGAGGUCCGUAUCUGUGAUGACAAUGAGGGCGCCUCUGUAUGUGUGUUACUGUCGUAUACGAACGCCGCGCGCCCGGCGCCGCUCUAUACGAUCGUGUCCCGUCCGGUAUUGGGCGCGCCGGAGGAAUCCUGAAUGUACCACCGAUCAUGAAUGCUGAUAUUAGGCGAUGUCGGCGGUCGGCCGCGCGGAGCGCUGGUCGGGCGGGGUCGCCCCCAGGCGUCCAGUGCCUUACAGAGGAGCGACUCGCUCCAGGCAGGGAACGGCCGAGGUCAGCGCGGCCCGAGCGGGCGCAAACGGUCUACGGGAACGCGGUCGAUGUUGUGUAUUGUUCUAUAUAGUGUACAUAUCUGAAGAUUAUGAGUUGUUUAAAUACAGUGAAUGCCAUGUC